AUACAUUUCCAAUAUAUUUCGAGCUAGCUAUAUUUUCAACCAAUGGAAUCCUCCUCUUCCAAAAUGAGCCAUGCUCCAAAAAGUAAUGAGAGAGAAGAGUAUCGGUCUGAUUCAGAAGUCGAUAACAAACUCAAAGAGAUCAUGUCAAGCGUCCCAGGAAAAAAGGGUGUUACCGUGACUGAUCUUUACCAAUAUGAAGGUUUUUGGUGCCCUUUAGCCCGGUUAGAAGGGACGUUACGGGCUCAAAAAUAUUUCAAGCCUCAACCCAACCAGGUGAUCUUGAGCAGUUUUCCAAAAUCUGGCACAACUUGGCUUAAGGCUUUGAUCUUUGCCAUUAUGACACAUUCCCAUGUUAGUGAGUCUACUAACCCUUUGCUCACAAGAUUAUCACAUGAGUGUGUUGCCCUUCAUUGAGUUUGAUUUUCGCUCAAGCUCACCAAAAUUGAAUCUAGAUGUUCCACUUGUGGCUACACACAUAUCCUAUACUUCCCUGCCAAAAUCUAUUAUAAAUUCUGGUUGUAAAAUUGUUUACUUAUGCAGGAAUCCAAAGGAUGUACUUGUGUCUACAUGGCACUUUAUUCGCAAGGUACUAGUUAAUGAGGAAGUCUCAGCCGUGGAAGAUAUUCCUUUGGAGGAUGCAUUUGAGUUCUUUUGUCAAGGAUUAUCUAUUUGUGGACCAUAUUGGGAUCAUUUAUUAGGGUAUUGGAGAGCAAGCUCUGAAUCACCAGAGAGGAUACUGUUUUUAAAGUAUGAAGAUUUGAAGAAUGAAACUGGAUAUUGGAUAAAGAAAAUUGCCCAAUUCAUAGGUUACCCUUUCUCUUUAGAGGCAGAAGAUAAAGGUGUGGUGCAAAAUAUUAUAGACCUAUGCAGUUUUGAGAACAUGUCUAGUUUGGAGGUAAGUAAAAAUGGAAUGAUAUGGUUGGAGAAAAAUGGAGUCAAAACGAUGGAGAUUAAAAACAAUACAUUUUUUAGGAAAGGAAAGGUUGGAGAUUGGAAGAAUCAUCUCACACAUGAAAUGAAAAUGCAACUUGAUCAAAUAUUUGAGCAAAAGCUAACUGGUUCGGGUUUGACAUUCAACGUCCCACUCCCAUCUAGUAGAUGAGCAAUGCCACUUCCAUCACAAUCCGGCGACUAAAUACAUUCUAGCAACAAGGCUGUUUCUAUUUUGUUUUCAUUAA